AUUGUGUCACUAAUAUAAUCUUUGGUUUUUCAUCAUCAUAUGAUGUCCGUUAUGUUGAGCAGACGUGUAGCUGUGGCCGAGGGACGUUCUGCAUCCACGUGCUCUUCGUCAUGCUCAGAGUCUUCCAGCUGGAGCCGUCGGACCCUCUGCUGUGGAGGAAGACCCUCAAGAACUUUGAGGUGGAGAGCUUGUUUCAGAAGUACCACAAUCGCCGCAGCUCGCGCAUCAAAGCUCCCUCACGCAGCACCAUCCAGAAGUUUGUGUCUCGCAUGUCCAGCUCUCACACGACAUGUACCUCCAGCGCCUCCCCAUCCAGCAACGAAAGCAGGUCUGUGAAGCUCCAGAGACCCUCUUAUCUGCUUGAACUGUGUGAUUUCAGGCUAUGCUGACUGACUCUGGAUCAGAUCAGUGUUUCUCAACUGGUGGGUCGCA